AUGAUUUCUGAAUAUAUUCUUGGCACUCCAUGUGAUAUGCAUGUUCAUUUGAGAGAUGGUGACAUGUGCAAGUUGAUUACACCUACUGUGAAGGAAGGUGGUAUCUCUGUCGCAUAUGUUAUGCCAAACCUUCAACCACCUAUAACGACUCUAGAAAGAGUUCAGGAGUAUAAGGCCCAAUUGGAAGCGCUAGCUCCAGAAACUACCUUUUUGAUGUCUUUCUACCUUUCUAAGGAUUUGACUCCGGAGUUGAUUCACCAGGCAGCAAAAGUAAAUGCUAUCCAUGGUGUCAAAUGUUACCCAGCUGGUGUCACUACCAACUCUGCGCAAGGUGUUGAUCCAAACGACUUUAGCGCUUUCUACCCAUUGUUCAAAGCUAUGGAAGAAGAGGGUAUUGUAUUAAAUCUACAUGGUGAGAAGCCAAGUGUAGCUGGUGAAAAAGAAGACAUCCAUGUUUUGAACGCCGAGGAAUCCUUUUUGCCAGCUCUUAAAAAAUUGCAUGCUGAUUUCCCUAAUUUGAAGAUAAUCUUGGAGCACUGUACCACAGCAGCUGCCAUCAAAACUAUCGAAGAAAUCAAUGCAGGUAUCGUUGACAUUAAAGAUAUAAGAGUUGCAGCCACCAUCACUGCUCAUCAUUUAAGCCUAACUAUUGACGACUGGGCUGGUAAUCCAAUCAACUUCUGCAAACCUGUGGCUAAAUUACCAAGUGACCAAAGAGCUUUGGUCAAGGCAGCUACGUCUGGUAAACCAUACUUCUUCUUUGGAUCUGAUUCUGCCCCACAUCCAAUUGAGAAUAAAGCCAAGCAUACCGGUGUUUGUGCCGGUGUGUAUUCUCAAUCUUUGAGUAUUCCAUACUUAGCUGAGGUUUUUGAUUCUCAAGGAAAAUUGAGCGAACUCAAGACUUUUGUCUGCAUUGCUCCAUUGUCAUUUUACGCAUUGAAGCCAGAAGACAUUAAAUCUAAGCAGAAAGUUGUGCUUUACAAGCGAACACAAACUGUCCCAGAAAUUAUCACUAACGAAUCGGGUAUCAAGGUUGCACCAUUCAAGGCAGGUGAAAAAUUGCACUGGUCUGUUAGAUGGAAUUAA